AUGGAGCCUAUUGCUAUCGUCGGUAUCUCCCUCAAGCUGCCCCAGGGUGCUGAAGAUGAGGCCAGCUUUUGGGAUAUGCUUGAGAAAGGUAGAAACACCGUCUCAGAAUGGCCAGAGUCCCGGGCAAAUCUCGAAGCGUUCUAUCAUCCAGAGACAAAGGAACUCAAUACUGCAUGUACCAUCACCCAUCUGAAAACAAAGGGAGCACACUUUCUCAGAGAAGACCCUGCUGUUUUCGAUGCCCCCUUCUUCUCUAUUACAUCGAAAGAGGCUGCCUCGAUGGACCCUCAGCAGCGAUGGGUUCUCGAGACUACCUACCGAGCUCUAGAAAAUGCUGGAAUUCCGGCAGAGAACCUGGCGGGAACAAAUACCGCCGUGUACUCCUUUGCAAUGGCCUUUGACUACUUCCGGAUGAUUAGCAAGGAUCCCGAUGACGCACCGCUGAAUGUGUCUACUGGGACUGGUCCCUCUAUCCUGGCCAACCGAAUAAGUUGGUUCUGGGAUCUUAAAGGUCCCAGUAUUGUUCUCAAUACCGCAUGUUCUACCAGCGUCAUUGCCGUGGAUAUUGCCUGUCAAUCGCUUCGAAGUGGCCAAAGCUCAAUGGCCAUAUUGGCUGGCUCAAACUUCCUCCUCAGCGCUGAGCUAUCAGUCCACCUCUGUAACAUGGGCUUCCUUGCCCCAGACGGUGUGUGCCACAGCUUUGAUGAGCGAGCGAGCGGCUAUGGUAGAGGGGAGGGUUGCAUUGUUCUUGUUCUCAAGAGACUGUCCGACGCUGUCAGGGACGGCAACAUGAUCCGUGCCGUUAUCCGUGGCUCGGGAACAAACCAGGAUGGUCAUACCCCGGGUAUAACUCAGCCAAGUGCUGAAGCGCAAGAGGCGCUGAUCAAAAUGGUAUACGCUAAUGCAGGCUUGGGACUUGAGUCUACCCGUUACGUAGAAGCACAUGGGACUGGAACUCAGGUGGGAGAUGCGACCGAGGUCAAAUCGAUUGGCCGGGUGUUCAAAUCAAGUCGCUCACGACAAGAGCCACUCUAUGUUGGCUCUAUCAAGGCAAAUGUCGGACAUUUGGAAGCAGGAAGCGGUCUCGCUGGUAUUGCAAAAUGCAUAUCUGUUUUAGAGCGAGGCAUCAUACCCCCUGUUGCGAUGUUUGAGAAGCUCAAUCCCAAGAUCAACGCCAAGCUCUACAAUCUUGAGAUCCCAAAGACCUGCAUCCCCUGGCCGCAUGCGGGAUUGCGUCGCAUUUCUCUCAAUUCGUUUGGGUUCGGUGGCUCGAACGCUCAUAUGAUCCUUGAUGAUGCGUAUCACACUCUUGAAUCUCUUUCGUUGAAUGGGCUCUAUCAUAGGCCGUCCUCGGCAGCUGCCCUGGAAGAGCAUCUUGAACCAUUGAAUGGACAUCUAAAUGGGUAUGUCAAUGGCCAUACUAACGGAGAUUCCAACCACCUUAACGGCCAUGCCAAUGGAAACCUUAAUGGCUAUGUCAAUGGUACUAAUGGGGCUACUAAUGGCAAUACCAACGGAACCCUGAACGGACAUACAAAUGGCCACGCUGAAGAUGAUAGACAGGCUUCAUCCAGUCCCGAUUAUCAACUACUCAUGUGGACAGCAAAGAAUGAAGCCUCUUUGAAGCGUAUGCUCCCGCAGCACGUUGAAUAUUACGGAUCUAAGAUUGUCGGCUCAAAAGAGUUACUAAAGCGACUCGCUUUCACACUCGCUGACCGACGCAGUGUCAUGCCAUGGCGCUCCUACGCAAUAGCUGAUGCCCAAGACAAAUCUGAAGCUCUUAAUUCAGCACUCUCUGCCCCAGUAAGAGCAUCCCGAGAUGUACGACUGGCUUUCAUCUUCACUGGCCAGGGUGCUCAGUAUGUUGGAAUGGGUCUGGGACUCCUGGAGUACCCCGUUUUCGCCUCUACGCUUUCCAAGAUCUCACAAAUCUUCCGUGAGUUGGGCGCUGAUUGGACUCUACUUGAGGAAAUGAGAUGUGCAGAGAGGAUCAAUAAUGCGAGAUUCAGUCAGCCUUUGUGUACGGCUCUACAGAUUGCACUCAUUGAGCUGCUCCGAAGCUUCAACAUUUCCCCUGACGCCGUGGUGGGACAUUCAUCCGGAGAGAUCGCUGCGGCAUACACAAUCGGGGCCCUAUCUCUUGAAUCAGCCUGCAAAGUCGCUUAUCAUAGAGGUAGGCUUGCAGCUUUAAUGUCUUCCUCGCAGCCGGUCAAGGGAGCAAUGAUGUCUGUCAACCUGCCCGAGCUUGAAGUACCCGCCUACUUGACCAAGCACUCAUUAGAAUCACUCACUGUUGCCUGCAUCAAUAGCCCUUCCAACGUUACCAUUUCUGGUCCCGAAAAUGACAUUGAGUCACUCAAGAAGAUCCUUGAUGAAGAGAAGAUCUUUGCUAGAACGGUCAAGACGGGAAUAGCCUAUCACUCUCCUGCAAUGCAACAGAUCUCGGCUGAGUACAUUGACUCAAUCGGCACACUGGAGAUGGGUUCUUCAAGAAAUGGCCAGAUCUUGAUGAUUUCUUCUGUCACAGGCCACAAGGUCACCCCUCAGAUAUUGUGCAAUGCCCAGUAUUGGGUCGACAACCUGGUAUCCCCAGUCCAGUUCUGCGAUGCGCUUCAAUACAUUGCUACAGCAGCACCAAAGAUCGAUGGUCUGGCAAAGAUAUCAGACUAUCUCGAGAUUGGCCCUGCUGCUGCACUGCGAAGGCCUGCAGACGACUCGCUCUCCCAGGUUAUCGGAAAGAAGGGCUUCCGGUAUGGUGCCGUGCUCUCUAAAUUCGAGCCACCCAUGAAGGCUGUUCUCGGAAUGGCUGGUCGUCUUUUCGCCUUUGGCUACCCGCUUUCCAUCUCUGCUCUCAAUCGGCAGGAUCUUAAUAAAGCUACCGUCACGCCUUUCUUGGUUGAUAUGCCAGAGUACCCGUUUGACCACUCCCUCAAGUAUUGGCAUGAGUCCCGCCUCAGCAGGGAUUGGAGGCUUCGUGGUGCUGCCCCAAGAAGUCUGCUAGGUAUGCGGGCAACGGAUUGGAAUCCUCUGCAGCCUAGUUGGCGAAAGCUGCUUAGCGUUGAGCACGACCCGUGGCUGGCCGACCACAUGGUCGGAGAGACGAUUCUGUAUCCUGCUGCUGGCACCUUGAUGAUGUCUCUGGAGGCAGUCAGACAAUUUUUCAAGGACCAUACAGUAACGAGCUUCAUGGUCAAAGAAGCCACUUUCGGCAAGCCUAUUAUCCUCCGAACAGAAGGGAAGACUGAGGUUACUAUUGAGCUCCAUCCGCUUCAGGAGUCGUACGAGAAGUCUCCCACCCGAGCGGAGGUACGAAUCUUUGCCUGCCUCGAUAAUCACUGGAGCGAGUGCUUCAGAGCCCUCAUCCACCCUGAGUUUGCCCUCGAUCCCGACGAGGUGGAUAAAGGGCGGGCAUUCCAGUCCUACAUGGAUACGUUGAGACAAGAUCUCCUCCAGGCCAAGACCAGCUGUACAAAGGCCGUAAGCAAGCGAGAAUUUUACAAGUGGUUCACUGACCUUGGCUUAAAAUACGGCCCAGCUUUUGCACUUUCAGACAAGUUUUUCUACGACGGUGGCGAUGUGGGUACAGCUCAGAUCGACGUAGAUCAGCAAUUUGAAGGCAUCGUCCAUCCAGGUGUUCUUGAUUCAGCUCUUCAAGUUUGUGCCCUUGCUCCUUCAAAAGGGAUGACGUGUGAACUUCCAACAAUGGUGCCUCACAAGAUGGUCGACACUUGGGUAUCUGCCAGCGGAUGGCAACGGCCUCAGAACAAGCUUAUUCAAGUGGUGGCCAGGAAUAAAGCUGAUGGUUCUGCCAGUAGUUACGAGUCUGGCCUUGUUCUAUACGAUGAGAAUGGGUCGCCUCUUUUUCACUUAAAAAGCUUCAUUACCUCGGCUGUCGUUGGCGGCGAGUCGGCUGAUGAGAGCCGUAGUAAGCUUCUCCAUAGCAUUGACUGGAAGCCACAACUCUCCCUCCUGGUUCCAGAGCAGCUGCAGAGAUACUGCAAAGCGGAUGAGUAUUUUGAGGAUGAAACAAACGAGAUUGUGUUCUCCUCGCAGCUGGAAUCCACGCUCAGAGCUGUUUUGCAACACAACCUUGAUCAGCUCGUUCGAUCGGACUGGUCAUUGGUCCCUGGGCAUAUGAGACAAUAUGUUGAUUGGGCUAAAAGCCAACUACAACAAGUCCCAGGACGAACCAAAGAUGUGGUCAGUGAAGAAGAUCUGAUAGCAGAGCUUGAGAACCUGAGGGCCAAGAAGCCGUCCUGCUCACUUCUUGUUGAGGUUGCAUUACAUUUGGUUUCCAUUGUUAGGGGAGAAGUUGAUGCUAGUGAAUACAUCGGGUCAGCUCAACUUACAAAGAAUUUCUGGGAGGAGCAGCUGCAUCACACGUUCAGCCACAAGCUCGUUACAUUCCUUGAGCUCACUGCCCAUCAAAACCCUGCUCAGAGAAUUCUUGAAGUUGGCGCAGGCCAAGGACUACUGACAAGCCGAGUAGUCGAAGCUCUCGAAAAGAUUGAGACUAGGACAGGAGGAAAUUCUUUCUCCCAUUAUGUCUGCACAGAUACGACUACCGAUAGGUUUGAAGCUGCCCAAGAACAGUUUGCAGACCAGCUAGACCGCCUGAGUUUCAAGCCUUUGGAUCUUGACAGUGAAAUCACGAACCAAGGGUUUGAGGCAGGCAGCUUCGACCUUGUCUUCGCAGAUAACGCGUUACGCUCGUCCAAGAAUCUAUCAAAUACCCUCGAAAGCCUUCAACGGGUACUCAAGCCUGGUGGCCACAUCAUCUUGCACGAGUUCACAGCGUCAGAUAAUUUUUUGAUGCAAUUUGUCUUCAGCCUUUCCUCUAGUUGGUGGGAUAGCGAAGAGAAGACUCGUUCCUCGCGGCCGACCAUUACGGAGCCUGAAUGGGACACUGCUCUCCGCAGCGCGGGAUUCUCAGGAAACGAUCUUGUGAUCAGAGACUUCAAGGCCGAUGGAGCCCACAAGACGAGCAUUAUCGUCUCCACAGCAAGCCCGAAUAUGGUUAUGCCUACGAAUAAGAGCAGAAACAUCUUCUUCGUUAUAAACAGUGAUGACGAGUACCAGUCAAAUAUAGCUCUUGCCACUGCCAAUGGACCCUUCGACUCGUGGGGAUAUCAGACAAAGGUUUUAUACCUUUCUCAAGUGACACAAGCUACCUUGUCUCCGUCUGAUUGUGUCAUCUUCCUUGCAGAUCUAGGAAAGAAGGCGCUACUUCAUGAUAUUUCGGCUACAAAUCUCAGCCUCAUUCUAAAAUGGGUACAAAGCUCGACAAGCUUGAUUUGGGUCUCAUCAAUUGAUACAUCCGAAGGCCUUCAUCCUUUGUCGGAGCCAUUCUCUGGCCUAAAAGAUGGUUUUACGCGAACCUUGCGGGCAGAGUUCACCAGCAAACACAUUGUUUCAGCAACACUGGAAGGUGAUGCACGCGAUAUCAACAGAACUGUGCAAGAUAUUUCGCAAAUAUUUCUAUCUGCCAUUGAAUCGCUGAGCCCAGAGCAUGAGUAUGUCGUCCGUGAAGGACAGGUGCUGAUCCCUCGCAUGGUUGAGGAGAUUAACUUGAACAAAGAUUUUAACUCAAGUCUCCGGGCGGAGCUCAAGUCUGAGCCAUGGCUCCCGGGACCUCCCUUAUCACUUGAGAUCGCAAGGCGAGGCUCUUUAGAGUCGCUUCAGUUUGUUGAGGAUAUGUGGUACUACGAAGAUCUAGGUCCUCACGACGUUGAAAUUGAGGCCAAGUCAUGGGGAGUUGGCUUCCAAGAUGUCGCUUACGCGCUAGGAAAAACGGACGGAGGGUACCUCGGUUCAGACUGCUCUGGUGUUGUUACAAGAGUCGGUCCCGAAUGCACUUCUAUCACAGUGGGAGACCGCGUUUGCAUGUACACUGAAGGAUCUAUGAAAGCAUAUUCCCGCGCUGAGGAGCACAGAGUGAUUAAGUUAGCGGACCACAUAUCCUUCAAUGAUGCUGCCGCAUUGCUUAGCCCCGCUCUCGCGGUUCUAUACUCCCUUAUUGAGGUUGGGAGGUUGGAAAAGGGCGAGAAAGUGCUAAUCCACUCUGCCUCUGGAGCUACUGGUCAGUUGGCCAUCCAAGUCGCGAAGAUGAUCGGUGCUGAGAUCUUCGUAACGGUUGGCCACGAGGACAAGAAGAGACUUCUUCAGGAGACAUAUGGUAUUCCUACGGACCACAUUUUCUAUAGCAGAAAUAACACCUUUGCUAAGGGAAUCAUGUGUCUUACCAACAACUACGGAGUCGAUGUUGUUCUCAACUCCCUUGUUGGUGAAGACCUUAGGGCGUCUUGGGAAUGUCUUGCCCCCUAUGGACGCUUCCUCGAAAUUGGAAAGGAGGACAUCGGUGCCAAUUCAUCUUUACCGAUGGGCGCUUUCGCUGGAAACAAGUCAUUUACUUCCAUUGAUCUUCGGCAUGUAUACCGUCAUCGGAAGGAAACUAGCAAGAGCCUAUUGACCAAGGCAAUGAAGCUGGUUAGCUACGGGGCCAUUUAUAGCCCAAAACCUCUCAGCAGUUUUGGAUUGGCGUCGAUCAAGGAGGCAUUCUCACAUAUCAACGGCGGACGCAAUGCCGGCCGAGUCGUGAUCAGUAUCGAGCCCACUGCUGUUGUUGAGAAGCGAAUAAUUCACCGUCGAACUUGGACCUUUGAUGCCAAUGCAACUUAUCUCGUUUCUGGCGGUCUUGGUGGUAUCGGCCGAUCCAUGUUGCGGUGGAUGGUUGAUCGAGGCGCCAGAAAUCUAGUUGUUCCAUCUAGAUCAGGCGCCGCAUCAGGUGCGGCCUUGGAGCUUGUCGAUGAUUUAACCGGACGAGGUGUCAACAUAAUCACGCCUAAAUGUGACGUGGCUUCGCAGGAGUCGCUUUCGCAAGUUUUGGACGAUUGUGAAAAGACAAUGCCACCGAUCAGAGGCUGCAUCAAUGCUGCCAUGGUUUUGAACGACUCGAUCUUUGAAAACAUGACACAUGAUCAAUGGGAGCGAACCGUCCGCUCGAAAGUUCAGACAUCAUGGAAUCUGCACACUCUUCUCCCACGAAACCUAGAUUUCUUCAUUCUUCUUUCGUCUGUAUCUGGCAUCAUUGGAAAUGGUGGCCAAGCCAACUAUGCCACCGGUUGCACGUUCCAGGACGCACUGGCCCGCUACCGCAUUAACCAAGGCCAACGCGCUCUCUCCAUUGACGUAGGCGCCAUGAAAGGAAUUGGUGUUAUUGCGGAAACAGACAACUUGAAGAAGACAUUUGCUAGCGCGACAAAUUUGGUCCUAGUCGAGGAGAAGGAGUUGUUGACUUUCCUCGAGAUCGCAUGCGACCCGGCGCUCGAGUUCCCAUCGCCAGAAAGAAGCCAGGUAUCUAUGGGCAUCGUUACUCCCCGCGACUUACUUUCUCGUGGGCUAGAUAUUGUUGACAUGAUGGAGCGCCCCAUGUACGCCUUCUUCAGCCAGGCCCGAGGCAUGUCGGACAACUCUAGCUCCAACGACACCAACUUUGCCGCCUUGUUUAGACAGUCUAGUUCAGCGGUGGACAGAGCCCAGAUCGUGUCAGAGGCGCUUGCGAAGAAGCUCUCCAAGGCGCUAUCGAUGCAAGCCGAAGAUAUUGACUGCGAUAAGCCGCUGCACGCAUACGGGGUCGAUUCGUUGGUGGCGGUUGAGUUGCGUGGUUGGAUUGGAAAGGAGUUUGCCGCAGAUGUGUCUGUGUUUGAAAUGAUGGGUGGAAGAUCAAUUUUCUCGAUCGCGGAGUUGGCUACUGAGGCAAGCCAGAUUGGACUCGAGAAGUAA